AUGAAACAAAUAAUAAUAGAUGAUGAUUACUACCAUGCUUCAUACGUACAAAUUGGCGAAAAUAUUAAAUUCAUUUGUGCUCAAGGGCCUCUGCCAAAUACUAUUGGGGAUUUUUGGUGUAUGGUUAUACAGGAAGAUUCAAAGGUAAUAAUACAAUUAUGUCAAUGGACUGAGGAGGGCAAAACUCAAUGUACCGAAUAUUUCCCGAGCAGUGAUCAGGAAUCGAAAGAUUACGGCGCCAUUCACAUUAAAAUUGUCGAAAAAACUAUACCUGUGAUACAACUUCGAAAAGUUUAUCAAACAAAAAUACAAGCUAUUUAUAAGGAUAAAAAACAUGAGGUGUUACAUUUAUUGUACGGUGGUUGGCCCGAUCAUUUUGUACCAGACUCAAUAUCGGUAUGUCGUGAAGUACGGGCACUGGCUCUGAAAUUUUCUGAAAAAAAGCCCAUAACUGUGCAUUGUAGCGCUGGAAUUGGAAGGACAGGCACAUUUGCUGCAAUAUUUAUGGCAAUUGAUCGGCUUAAACAUGCUGAAAAUGUUUUAAUUCCUAAUAUUGUUAAGGAAUUACGUGAUCAGCGAAUGCAUGCGGUGCAAAAUGAUCAGCAGUAUUUAUUUAUCUAUCGGAUGGUUAUCGAUAUUCUACUAGCAGAGGAUUUACUGAUCAAAACUCCAGAUAUAAUAUCACUAAUCAAGGAAUAUGAUGAUCUUAUUGCGCGGAAACGUCAAGAAAGAUAUCAAAAGAAAAAAUGA